AUGCAAUCCAUGUAUGGCAAUUCGGCUCAACGAGCUCAAGCAAAUGACGCACAGAGUCCAAAUAGGAUCAAACGUGUCCUUGGGAAAAAACAAAAACAAAAUCGACCGAUUCCUCAUUGGAUUCGACUUCGUACAGGAAAUACAAUCAGAUAUAAUGCUAAACGUCGUCAUUGGCGUCAAGCUUUGCCAAUUUCGUGGGUAGAAUCUGAAACUGCUGCAAGUUUAUCAAACAAUAAUGAUAAUGAUGAAGAAGAAGAGGGAAUCGUCGAUGCAGAAGUGGUUAGUGUGAAAAAUGAAAAACAACAUUUUUCAGAAAUGGCUACGGAUUUAGCGUCUGCAUCAACUGUUUGGCUACAAAAAACUUUUGCUCACCUGCAUAUGCCAAAUAUAAGCAAACCCUCCCAAAUAAAUAUUCAUUUACCAAACAUCAAAAUGCCAAAUCUACAAAUGCCAAAUCUUAACAACUUCUCUUCACCAAAAUUUUCAGUAUUUUGA